AACUUUCUCAUUCCCUUACACUCUCAUAAAUUUUGAUUUUUUUUUUUCAAGAAAAAGAAGAAGAAAACACUCAUCCUUCCUGUCUCUCCCAACCGAAAUGAAGAAAAAAAUGAAAAGUCGAAAAUCGCCAUUACCUAUGGCAUCGCCACCAUCUCCAUCGCCGCCAAAAUCUAGCAUUCUCAACGGCAAAAAGAAAAAGAAGCCGAUCGCAUCUUUUGCUGCAACCGCUGGUGUUUUGAGAUCACCACCACCGCCGUCUCUUGAUAAAACCCUAGCUUCAAUCUCCGAUCUCAAGGAGUUAGCCUCUUCUCGCUUCGACGAUAUCAAGAGCCGUCUCAUCGAUCGCUCUCACUCUGAGAUCAUCAAAGAUCUCGAAGCCUCUCACUCUCGUCUCCACAAACGCUUCAAGAUUCAGAGCCAAACAUGCCAGCAGAUGAUGGAUGAAUCGGAGAAGGAUUUUAAGAAGAUGACUGAACGGGUUACCGAAACCACCGAAGCAAUGAAGGAGACAUACACAGAGUUCAUGGCAGAAGCACAAGCAACCGCAUCUCGUGUGUGCAAAACCACAAUCCCUGAGCUUGCAAAGUCCUUGGAGAAAUCCAUUGGUGCUCUCCAAAGCCGCUUCGGUAUUCCAUCAAAUUGAUCAUUUGCUGUGGUUUUCUCGAUCGUUUGUAACUCAAUUGGAUGCCGUCAUCAAACAAGUAAAGAUGUACAGAUUAAGCACCGUACCGUUGGCGUUCAGGGAUGAAAUUUAGAAGGACAAUGAUCUGCAACUUUCAGCCAUUUCUUAUCCUCGCCUGAUAACUAAUGAAUGAUACAUUUAGAAAGACAAAUCUAGCUGAUAAUGGCUUAUAGUCUAUAAUAUACCGGAAGAAAGGAUUAUCUUUGCUUUAAUGGUUUACCCAUUUAAGAUGAAUCUGCUAGUGCAGACUGUCAAAGUGAUCUAGGCCUCCAAUCAGUUUGUCAAA